AUGUGGAUGAAAAAGUUGGCGAAAUCAAAAAAAUAUAACUGCUGUAAUGAAGCUAACGAAAUACUUUCGAAUAAAACAAAAAUAUGUUCCACUGAAUCAAUGGAUAAAUCAUUGAGAAAAUUUCAAAUUUUAGCAUUUUUUGCAACAACUUCUACUAUAACUGCAGCAUUAUUAAUACCAUUACUUUACGGUUACGUACUACGUACAUUAUCAUUGAUCGAAUCAGAGAUUGUUUAUUGUGUCAGUCAAACUAAAUUAAUCGCAACUCAGCUCAGUGAGAUUCAUAACCGUAUAAAUAUUGUAAAAAACCGAAAAGGACGACAGGUUGUUUACCGAUAUCGAUCUUCACUUACUUACGAUAAUAAUUUGAAUGAUCCGUAUCAAUGGACUUCUCAUAUUCCUGUAUCAUCAAAUACUUACUAUAAGCAGUCUUUACCAGAAUCUAAAACUUGUAACUGUAAUAUUGGUGGAAUUGGUCCACCGGGAGCUCCAGGAAGUGAUGGAGAACCAGGUGUGCAUGGCUUACCAGGUAAUGAUGGCAUGCCUGGAAAAGAUUAUAAUUUUGGUGAUAACAAUGAAAGCGUUUGUUUGACAUGUUCACCUGGACCUCAGGGUAAACCAGGUGACCCAGGCCCUAAAGGUCUGCCAGGUCGUCCAGGAUCAAAUGGACCACCUGGACAUCCUUCACUUGUGCCAGGUUUACUUGGUUUGCCAGGUCCUGCAGGUCUUCCCGGAGUUCCUGGUGAACAAGGACCACCAGGUCCCCUUGGAAAUCCAGGCAUGACUAUCAGUGCAAAAUUUUAUUUGCUUUCAGGAGAGAGCAGGAAAGUGAUUGUUGGUCCACCAGGAUUACCAGGACCUCCAGGCAUUCCUGGACUUCCUGGAGUACCAGGUCGAACUAUACCUGGCACUAUUGGCCCACCAGGAGAUCGAGGAAAACCAGGUCAACCUGGUCUUCCUGGAUUGCAGGGGUUGCCAGGCUUAACAGGUCCAAGAGGUGCAGCAGACAAUAUGGUUCUAACCACUGAUGAGAAGCUCAAGCUAGAAGAAGUAAUGAUUUUGAAAAAAGCAGCUUUCUUCGGUGUUGCAAUAUCAACAUUAGCUAUACUCACAGCUGUCACUAUUGUUCCAAUGGUUUACAAUUACGCACAGCGCAUUCAGACAAACUUACAGUCUGAAAUUAACUUCUGUAGACGUCGUACAAUUGGUCUUUGGGAGCAAUAUUUUGCUGUGUGCAUUUCAAAUUUGUGCAAAAUAAUUUUCAAUUCAUUUAAGCUAAAUUUAAAACUGCAGUUUUUUUCCACUGAAACUUCUGAUGAAUUUAAUCAGCCUACAGAGUUGAGAAAAGAAAUUAAAAAUGAUGAAGACGUAAAUGAUAACUUUGGUGCUACAAAAUGUUGUAGUUGUAAAAUCGGUGCUGUUGGACCACCUGGACAAAAGGGGAGGCCUGGAAAAAAUGGUAGAGAUGGUAAAGCAGGGUUAAAUGGAACCCCAGGACAUGAUGCUAAAUCGCACCCAGUAUCAAUGGAAAAUCCUUGUUUUCGCUGUUCUCCUGGACCACCAGGAUCUGCUGGACCGCCAGGAGCAAAGGGUAUAGUUGGUCCAAGGGGAGCACCCGGACCUAGUGGAAAAACUGCAAAACCAGGACUCGCAGGACCAUGUGGACCACCUGGACCCACUGGUUUGCCAGGUCUUACUGGUCCAAAAGGUUAUCCAGGUCAGCCUGGAGAUGUAACAGAAGAAGAUGGACCACCCGGACCACAAGGUUCAAGAGGACAACCUGGUCCACCAGGACGACCAGGGCAACGAGGAAUCAGUGGUAAGAAGGGUGCACAGGGUUUAACGGGGCCACCAGGCAAGAGUGGCAAAAAUGGUCGUGCAGGUGCACCUGGAAUACCAGGGAACGAAGGUAGAACAGGACCAAAAGGUUUAAAAGGAAGUUGCGAUUACUGUCCAGCGCCGAGAACUCCUCCUGGAUAUUGAAU